CAAGGGACCGUCGUGUGUUGUGCAUGUGUAAGCUGGGUCUGUAGACCGAGAAGGAAACUGGCCCCGCUCCCCUUCCCAUGGGUGCCCCAUUCUACCCAGAAGCCUGAGAAAGCAGAUGCUAAGGCUCUGGGAUGGAGGAGGAGCCUGGGAGCCACCCAGGGGUCAGCAGUGCAUGUUUCCCAGGCUCUCUUGCUGCUACUGCUGCUGCUGCCCACGGGCCAGGGCCAGGGCAGCCCUCCUGGCCGGUGUGACUGUGCUGGUGACUCAGAGAAGAGGUAUGGCCGGUUUUGUUGCAGGGGCUGCCCAAAAGGACACUACAAGAAGGCCCCCUGCACGGAGACCUGUGGCAACUCCACCUGCCUUCCCUGUCCUCAGGGCACCUUCUUAACCAUGGGAAACCACUUUAAGACCGACUGUACCCGCUGCCAAGCCUGUGAUGAAGGGGCUUUCCAAGUGACCCUGGAGAACUGUUCAGCCGUGUCGGAUACCCGCUGUGGCUGUCAGGCAAGCCGGCUUUUCUGCUCCACCGAGCCAUGCAGGGAAAGUUCGCCCUUGUCUUGCCUCUCAUGUUCAGAUUGCACUGCUCCUCCAACCCUCGGUGAGUACCCCAUCCUGGGCUGUCCUGGAAUUCACUUACAUGGCAAUGACUGCAUGUGCUGCCCCAAGGGUUUUGGCAGAAUAUGUCCCGCUGCCUACACAACAGCCUGUGCCUGGAAGUGGAUAGUUUGGGUCCAGGUGCUUCUAGGGACCUCAUUCCUGCUUGGGGCCACCCUGAUCUGUUCAUAUUGCCGACGCCAGCCUUGCAAGCCUGUGGUUCCUGCAGACACAACUGAAAUGGAGACCCUGACCUCACCACAGACUACCCAUCCCUCCUCCUCAGACAGUGCCCACACCCUCCUGGCACCCCAAGGCAGGACUGGAAAAGUCUACACCACUGUCCAGUUGGUAGGCAACAGCUGGACCCCUGGUUUAUCCCAGACUCAGGAUAUGGCCUGCAACCAGGUUCCACAGCCCUGGAAUCAGUCGCCAAACAGAACUCUUGGCCUUCCUCUGGCACCUCCGCUCUCGCCAGCGCCCCCCGCAGGCUCGCCAGCCGCUAUGCUCCAGCCUGGCCCGCAGCUCUAUGAUGUGAUGGAUGCUGUCCCAGCACGACGGUGGAAGGAGUUCGUGCGCACACUGGGGCUACGGGAGGCAGAAAUUGAGGCUGUGGAGGUGGAGAUCUGCCGCUUCCGAGACCAACAGUAUGAGAUGCUCAAGCGCUGGCGCCAGCAGCAACCUGCAGGCCUGGGUGCCAUCUAUGCGGCCCUGGAGCGCAUGGGGUUGGAAGGCUGUGCCGAGGACCUGCGCAGCCGCCUGCAGCACGGCCCGUGAUGUGAGGCCUACCAGUCACGUCGUCAUUCCAGUGACCCUCGCAGGAGCCUUAAGUAUCGUUACUUAUGCGUGUAGACAUUUUAUGUCAUUUACUACCCCCCUAGCACGGUCCUGCGUAGCAGCACCGGCUGGCCUCGCCCCUGCUUACCUGCCCUAUGGAGCUCCAGCUAAGGGAAGCGAAGCAUCGUGGAGAAAUAUCAAGAGGGGCCAAAUGAUCAGUUGCACAACUGUUUAUCAACCUGAGUUUGGAGUUGGUAUUAAAUAUCUUAAAUAGUU